AUGAGGGCGCCGGAAACCAUCUUCACUGGCCAUUUUGACCACAGAAUUGACCUGUGGCGUGCUGGUUGCAUAAUAUAUUCACUCAUUUUUGCAGCCCGGCCAUUCCAGUACCUAGGAGAUGAUUCUGUGUUAGUCGCGCAGAUGAUUGGAUUUGUCGAAGAACUCCCAGAUCAGUGGAAGAACAAAUGGGAAACGAUGCCAAAGCGCAGCUCGCAUUCUUCUGCCAAUACACUCCCCGGCGAUGGUGGUAUCUCAGAUCAGGCAUUCAAACUUGAAACUAGGUUUCACGAGAUCGUGAAUGACCCAGAGUUGAUGCCUCUUUUGCCUGUUAUUCGGGGGUUAAUGCGAUUUUUACCCUCCGAUCGGCUGACCGCAGCUGAGGCACUGGAACUACUGGGCAUGCCCGAUAUAGUGCUCAUCACGCCAUCUGAUAGUUUCUCCUCCUCUUACACCAAUCUGGUGAAGAAUUUCCUCUUCACCUUGGGUGUCAUCCUGGGCCAUCGCUGGUCGAAAGUUGCCGACCAAAUCUGCGACGUCCCGACCAUUGUCUCACAAUUUCAGCCCAACCUCACCUCACACUCUUCAACCUCACUUCACACAGCGUGGCAGCAAGUUGGUUUCCGUGAAGUAUACACAUCCGUUGAAAUGACCUUGACGAGAGAAGACCAAGAAAAUGGCAUUCUCUGCCAGAAUCCCCCCGAUGAAGCCGUCCAACGACGCGAGGACCAACCGCUCUUACAAACUGCCAUUCCAGAAUGGAAACCUCCCCGAGGCUUCGUCUGGAUUCAAAUCGCCCUCAUGAACAACGUAUUCCUCAACGCAUUCGACGGCACCAUCAUGGCAGCAACAUACGCCGUCAUCAGCUCCGAAUUCGAUGCCACAAAUAGCGCAUCCUGGCUCACGACAGCAUACCUCAUCGCUUCUACGGCCGUCCAGCCUCUAUACGGUCGCAUUUCAGACAUCUUUGGCCGACGAAUCUGUUUCUUCGCCUCCACCAUUCUAUUUGGAGUUGGGAGUCUGGGCUGCGGACUCUCGGGCAGUAUGGUGAUGCUCAUCGUUAUGCGUGCGUUGACUGGAGUCGGCGGAGGCGGUCUGCACAUUAUGGCUACGAUUGUUAAUUCCGACCUCAUUCCGUUUCGAAGACGUGGCAUAUAUCAAGCUAUGCAGAAUGGUGUCUUUGGACUUGGCGCCAUAUGCGGAGCUUCAUUGGGUGGGAAUAUUGCUGAUAGAAUUGGCUGGCGGUGGUGUUUUCUUCUGCAGGUGCCGGUGUCUGUGUUUGCUCUCAUCGUGGGUAGUCUUGUGGUUAGAGAUCAGUCGUCUAGCAUGUUGCUGUCUCUGGAUGAGGGACUGCAAGUCAUGUGGAAGAGGAUCGACUUUUCUGGCGCCCUUGUCCUUGUUCUGGCUGUUUCCAUUCAGUUGCUUGGUCUUGGUCUGGGUGGUAACUUGUUGCCCUGGGGGAGUCCGUGGGUCAUUGGUUCUUUAGUUGGGAGCUUGAUACUCUUUGCUGUGUUUGUGGUCGUCGAAGGAAAGACGUCUGCUAUUCCAAUGAUUCCGCUUCGGAUGUUAAAGGGCCGAUUGCCUGUUGCGACGCAAAUAUCCAAUGCUUGUGCCGGAUGCGCAGCUUACGGCUUUUUAUUCAUGGUACCGCUAUUCUUCCAGGUUGUUCUGCUAGAGUCAGCUUCCAAAGCCGGUGCUCGUCUGGUCAUCCCGUCGCUUGCAACACCAAUUGGUGCUGUAAUCGCAGGAGUCGUCAUGUCCCGAUACGGCAAACUCAUUCCAAUGAUGCGGAUAGGGUCUAUACUCAUGGCGGUGGGAAAUGCCCUUGUGUUUUCUCUACGAUUUGUCGAUUCGAAUUGGAAGUACUUUGCGUACAUUUUCCCUACCAACUUGGGCCAAGGCGUUGUGUAUCCAUCCAUCCUAUUCACCUCACUGGCUUCAUUUGAGCAUGAAGAUCACGCAGUUUCGACAUCUACAGUCUACUUGCUUCGCUCGCUCGGUGGCGUUUGGGGAGUGUCCAUCACCUCUGCCAUCGUGCAAACUUCGCUCAGCGUCCGUCUUCCGGAUGCUUUGGGCGGGAUACCAGAUAAAUGGAGAAUUAUAGAUCAGAUCAGGCAUUCGGCGUCUAGUGUACAUAACCUGCCGCCGGAGAUUCAAACGCAGGUUCGACUCGUUUACUAUGAUGGUAUUCGCUACGCUUUUGCUGCAUGCACAAUUGUGUCUCUUAUUGGAGUGGUGGCAGCCUUUGUGGCUACGGCUUCUAAACUGCGAAGCACCCAUUAA